CUCCUACUUGAGUGCAUAUAUUUCGCGUUUGUGACAGGAGUCUCGCAGGAGCAGAGCAUAAAGAAGAGGAAAAUGGGGGUCCUCUCAGUCCGCAGCAGCUUCGUCUUCCUCGCUCCGGCUCUGGUUUUUGUAGCUCUUCACGGUCUUCUUCUCACUCUCUCCACUGCUUCUGAAUCUGAAGUCGAUGAUGAGACCCCAUUCACUUACAUUGAAGGAACCGGUAAAGGGCCAAAAGAAUGGGGCCAGAUCGACCAGCGUUGGCAAGCAUGUGGCACUGGGAAUUUGCAGUCUCCGAUUGAUCUGCUCAAUGAGAGAGUGCAAGUCUUUCCAAAUUUGGGGAAGUUGAAAAGAGACUAUAAACCAGCUCCUGCCUUUGUGAGGAACAGGGGACAUGAUAUCACAGUAACUUGGAAAGGAGAUGCAGGGAAGAUCAACAUCAACGGGACUUACUACAAACUUCUUCAGUGUCAUUGGCAUUCGCCAUCCGAGCACACGUUUAACGGAUCGAGAUAUGACUUGGAGCUUCACAUCAUUCAUUUAAGCUCUCGAGGAGAAAUAGCCGUUAUCGGGAUUGUCUACAAGUAUGGCCGACCUGACCCUUUUCUCACAAAGCUACUCGAGCACAUAAAAGUAGUUAGGAAGGAAGACAUAGACUUGGGGGUCAUAAAUCCAGGGAUCAUCAAAUUCGGCAGCAGGAAAUACUUCAGAUACAUCGGUUCUCUCACGGUCCCUCCCUGCACUGAGGGAGUCGUGUGGACAAUUGUCAGGAAGGUGAGGACAGUCUCGAGGGAGCAAGUAGAAGCGCUGAGAGAAGCUGUUCAUGAUGGAUAUGAAGCUAAUGCAAGGCCAACUCAGCGACUAGAUGGAAGAGCCGUAUGGAUAUACACUCCAAGAGAUAAUGGAGGUGCUGCUUAGGUGAAAGCCAGAAUUUGUCCUAAUGAAUAUUUUCCCAGCUUCAAGACUGUCUUUUAUUACAUCACAUCCUGAAACAUAUGCAAUCCAAACAUACUAUUUCAUUUUGAAGAGGAAUAUCACGCCACGCGUUGGACACAACUCAAACAUGUUGUGUACUAAAUCGUACUGAUAAGUAGAUACAGAGACCAGGUGGAUAAAAACAAGAAGCUGCGCUGUCAGAAAAG